UGUCUCUAAACCGUAAGUUUUCUUAACGAAAUUGAACUAGAACUUUUAGUUAAAUGGCGCUCAUCUUAUUUCCGCUCUUUUCCAACGAAAUCACCAAGCAAAAUGCAGCAAAAGAGACGUGAACCUAUUCACGCAGUUCAGGUUUUCGGACGCAAAAAAACUGCCACAGCAGUCGCUUAUUGUAAGCGUGGUCGCGGCCUUCUUCGAGUUAAUGGGCGGCCCCUGGACAAUAUUGAACCCAAGGUUUUACAAUACAAAUUGCAGGAACCUCUUUUGUUGCUCGGCAAGGAAAAAUUCGCUGGUGUGGAUAUUCGUGUUCGUGUGAGCGGUGGUGGUCAUGUUGCACAAAUCUACGCAAUCCGUCAAGCUAUCUCUAAAGCAUUGAUAGCUUUUUAUCAAAAGUACGUUGAUGAAGCAUCAAAGAAAGAAAUCAAAGACAUUUUGAUUCAAUACGAUAGAACGUUAUUGGUAGGUGACCCACGUCGUUGUGAGCCUAAGAAAUUCGGAGGUCCAGGUGCUCGUGCCCGUUACCAAAAAUCGUACCGUUAAGGAGUCAUCUAAUACAUUUUUUUUGUAUUUUAUGUGAAACUGAUUUUAAAGCGGUUAUUAAAAUAAAAUAAAAAUAUAAAUUGUCGUUUUUAUCACAA